CCCGGGGACCCAGCCAGGGCCCCAGCAGAGGCAGAGGCGGCGCCUGCGCCCUGCCGCCCAAGAACCACUAGUGGUUCACAACUCAGCUCCGAAGAUGGCCGACCACGCUUUUGCGGGUACCAGUGGCAACACAUCUUUGCGGGGUCUACGAGAACGCUUGGUUGCCGUAGCUCAAGAACUAGCUGAAGAACGGCGACGUAAACGUGGUAUUAAUUCUUCUGCAGUUACUUCUAAGAGAUCGUCGUGUACACCUGUUUUAGAUGGUUCCGUCCUUAAAAAUGACAUCAAACAACAAUUAGCCAAAGAACGCAGGGAAGAGAGAAAACGCCAACAAGAAGCCAACAAGGAGAAACAACUGCUUGAAAAACAACAGAAAGCGAAGCUACAGUAUGAAAAACAGUUGGAAGAAAGACACCGAAAACUGCAAGAACAGAAGGAAAAGGACGAGCGACGCCGAGUAUCUGCAGAAGAAAAAAGAAAACAGAAACAGGCGGAAGAUAAAGAAAAAUUCAAGGCGGUAGUGUCCCGUACAAUGGAGAGGUGCAAUCGUGCUGAUCAGCGACAGAAGAGGUGGUCGUGGGAGGGGAGUGUGACCAACGCUGACAAAUCAGGAAAAACGGAAAGUAAACGAAGCUCUUCUCUGAAUAGAAAAGACAAUCAAUUACAUCCCAAUGUUGAUGAGGAACACGUGGACACUACGCCUGGCAUGACCAAAUAUGUUUUCCGCUAUGUUACUGCACCAGUAUUUACUACUGAUGGGCUAAAGUCUUCCGCAAUAUUCUGUAAGUCAUCAUUAAAAAUGCCACUUCCAGCCAAAUUAGAAAUCACACCCACAAAGAAAAUCGCAACAUCUCUCAAGGAAAACAUGGAAAGACCAGCAAAGGCGAAUGCAGAAAUGCCACCCAAGAUGAACAUGGAAGAACGCACACAGGCAAACCUGGACGGACCAUCUAAGGCUGAUGUGGAAAUGGCACUCCGAAACAUAGCGGACAUCUCUGAGGCUAAGGUGGACAUUUCCCCCAAGGUGAAUAUUGAAGGACUCGCUGGUGGGAGCUUGAUGAAGCACCCCGAAUCAAAUGCUGAAGAAUUCCCCCAAAUGAAUGUGGAUGCUUCUUCAAGUGUUGAACCAUCCCCCAUUGUGAGCGAGGAUUCAUCCCCCGUUCUGAGUAUCGGAUCAUCCUCUGUUGUGAGUGUAGAAAUAUCGCCUGUUGUGAGCAUAGAUAGCUCACCAGAAUUAAGUUUGGGCUCGGCAAGUGCUGUGCCCUCGGAAACACUCAUAGAAACAUCUCAGACUUCUCUUAAGACCAGCGAGGAAUUAAACCUUGAGGCCAGUAUGAAAGCACAGCCUGAGACAAAUGUUGAAGGACCACCCCAGAACUCAGAACUGGACAACACACGAAGUGUAAACCUUACCACCAAGAAACAGCAGCAAUCACACACACCGUGUUACAGAUGGCCGUCAUCGCCUGCAGUCGGGUGGCGCCCACCUUCUCCCAUGAAGGCUGUGCAGAAUCAAAAGAUUCGACCACCAUAGCCUCUACCAGUCUCAAGAAUAUCAUCGAAGACUUCUCUUUCGUAUAAAAUAACCCCAGUUCAGAAUAUCCUGUAUGUGCCGAAUGCAUUAGGCACAAUAACAAAGACAAAAGAACCCGUUCAAAAGCGUAUGAUCAACAGAGAAUCUGGUAAUAAAAGUGUGCCAAGCAGUGAAGCAGCUAUGAAAGUUUCGAUAGAGAUACGCCAUGCGGCUUAUGAACAAAACGGCAAAAAGGAGAAAGAAAGAGACCAGCAAGAAGAGACAAAGCAAAGCAUUUCUAGAAAAUCAGACGGUAUGGUAGAGAGAGUGGAUAAAAUCCCAAUAGAUGAAUCCUCACCCUACAAAGAUGAGCAGCAAGAAAAACAUCUGACAAGGAGACAUUUUGAGCCACCGGAAGACCAGAAAGAACGGCUACAGAAAGGGGACACCACCACAAUGAAAUCUGAGGACAGAGCUCAAAGUAGACAGAAGGAACAGGAAAGAAUUACGUUACAAAAUUUGCAAGAAAGAUUAGAGAGGAAAAAGAGGGUUGAGGAAAUAAUGAAGCGGACGAGGAAGACAGAUGUGAAUACCUCAAAGGAGUUUUUACCUACUCUGAGCAGGAGUCCUUUGGAGACUUCAGAAAUAUCUGAUAAUUGCCCAUCCGAAGAGGAUGAAGCGGAUGAUGAAGGCGAAACAGAAAGCGAUGGGGACUCCCUGGAGAUGCUUCCAUCAGGAAUGAAAACGGCACUUAGCAAACUGAAAAAGGUUCACAAAAACACCAAGAGGAAGCCUCACAAGCUAGUGUUUAUGCAAGCAGGAUCUGGUGAGCUUGACUCGGAGAAAAAGGUCUAUUUCAAUGGGAACAUGAAAGCUUUCAAACAAAACAACCCAAAAGAAUCUACAAGUCAAGCAAAGGGCACUAAGACAUUUACCAAAAAGCAACCUACCAGAACAGUGAGGAGCAGAAAAAUAAGAGACGCCAACCCCACCAUGCGGUCUGCAGUGAGUGUCACUACCAAUCAGGAGUGGGUCUGUGACAAAGUUAUAGACCUUAGUCACACCGCCGAAUCACCUGUCCCAAAGACCACCACUGAGAGCAACAAACAAGAUUCAAAGGAUUCGGUGACAGCUCACCAAGGUCCUCAGGUACCGCUGGACCCUAAGAAUAGAAACAAACCUGUUCCUCUGAAGAAAGUGUUCUCAAGCCUCCACUUAGCUGGAAGUUCAUCCGAGCUUGAAAACCCCUUUGCCUCCGGUUCCUGGAUGGCAUUUGGAGGAGGCGAAGAAGACAGUGAUACAUAAACCCCUGUGGAGCCUGGGCGGUUGUCAUCUACCACCCCAUAUUAAAACUCCUAAGGCCAAGACUCAAAAAGUGUCUCCUUCAUACUUGAAACUGGCAACGGAAUUUACAAUCAAAAAGAAAGGAAAACAAUAGUCACCUCAACACCUACUUAAGAGAAUGUUAAUAUCACCUUGUUCUCUAGAAAGAAUUUUGAGUAAAGAGGUUAUUGUUUUCCUUAGAAAGCAUCUAUAUUGUCUCUUUGUUGAUUUUUUUUUUCAUUAAAUGAUCAUUUUCAGUCCUCCAAAAAAUUCUAUUAAAGGAAUAUCUCUAUUCCAGGAUCUAUUUGAAACCCUAAAAUAGUGAUUCUGGUUCAUGGUGACGCUACUUUGCCAACUAGAAACAAUCUGAUCUCACAGAGAGCAGAACAGGAAUUCAGAGUACUCACUAGAGUUGGGUCAGAGUCUUCCUGAUAGACACAGCCCUGCCUGUACAUAUAUAAAAUUCAGCUCUCAUCCCUGGCCAGUGCUGAUACUUCUAUAUGCCUGAACCAGAAGAUGUAAGCUUGAACCCAUCGAUAUCUUUCAUGUUCUCCAUCAGUGCUUCGUCUCUAAGUACCUAACGGGGUUCAUACACCAAAUGCGCAUUGUUUCGUCGCAACAGUACUUGGCUGUUGUCUCACCGAGUCCAAUUAAUUCCUUUAAAUACUGUGUGUUUACAGCUUUUUCCGCCUUGCUUCCCAGGCCUGUCCUUCAGUAUACACUGGGGCCUGGGACCUAUCAACAAUAUGUGUUUGUCUCUUCUAGGCACUUGCAACAAGUGAAGACAAGAGCAGGGCUAUUCAGUUCUGGUGACAGGCACAUGGACAUACAACAUGUGUAUUCACACAUGUAUGCAGAGGCAUUUCAAUUGUAUUUUAAUAAAUAAAGACUGCCUGAAUAUCUGAGAAUAAAACAGCCACACUGGCCUUACAGACCAGCCAGCAAUGACAUACACCUUUAAUCCCAGUAGCCACACUAGUUGCCAUAGAAAUUGGGGGGUGCAUGCCUUUAAUUCCAGAACUAGAGAGGAUUAUAAGACAGGGGGAGACAGCUCUCAGACAUAGUCUCCUUCUGAGAUUCCAGGUUGCAGGAUCAUCAUUUCAGACUGAGGUCGAGGUAAGAGCCAGUGGCUGGCCGUUUUGCUUUUUGGAUCUUAAGGUUGAACCCCGGUUUUUAUUAAUCGUGCUUCAUGUAUAUGUACACACAAAGGUGAUGUAAUUUCACAUUCCUUGUCCUAACACCGAGUUUGGGUGUUUAGUCACAAAUUGUUUAAAACAGGUUCCUUUGGCCACCAAUCUUGAAUUCUCAAAAGGAAAUAAUUGUAUUAUCUGAUGCUUGGGCCUUUGCUCCAUUUGUUCUGUGUUAGGGCAGGGUGCCUUAGGUUUCAAAUCUAGUUUUAGAUACUUGUUCUUAAAUGUAGACAGCAAAAGGCAAUCAUCCUGAAAGAUGAGCUUUUGAUAUGUUUCUAUACAAAUGCCGUGUGCUGCAAUACAUUUUGUAAGUAUGUGCUAUAUGAAAUAAAUGUCCUGGAUAAAACCAGCUUUGUUUUCGUUAUAGUAAUAAAACCACACUGGUGGUGGUAUAGAGGUGAUACCAAAUGUCAAGCAAGCUAUGAAUACAGGCCACUGGCAAGUCUAACCAACAAUCAAAUCUCCAUCUUUCCUAGUCAUCUGCUUGGUGAUUUAGCAGAGUUCCAGGUUUGGAACAGGAAAAUGAAACUUCAAACUCUGAUCUUUUUGUUUGUUUUGGUGUUUUUGAGACAGGGUUUCUCUGUGUAGACUCAAAUUUCCUGGAACUAGCUCUGUAGCCUAGGCUGGCCUCGAACUCACGGAGAUCUACCUGCCUCUGCCUCCUGAGUGCUGGGAUUAAAGGUGUGCGCCACCAUCGCCCAGCAGAGCUCUGGUCUUCUUUUUUCUUCCUGUGUGAGCUGUUAUAGCUGAGGCACACCGGUAAAGUGGGUUUUUUUGCUGUUAUUUUUUUUUACUGCAGUAAAUAAUGUAAUAAACAUGUAUCAAUUAUA